AUGGCACAUGAUCCAACCUGGAAAGCCCAAAAAUAUAAGAAGCUCUUUCUUCCUGAGUUCCUUGGCUACAACUUAGCUGAAUGUGAUUUCAUAAUUGGUCCUGCUCUUGUUGGCCAACACUGGUUUUGCGUUGCCAUUCAGCCUAGCACAUUGGAUUUCCACGUAAUAGACUCCAUGAGGAACCAUUUCGGAACCAAGGACAGAAAGCAGAAGAAGAAGGUUGUCAUCAAAGACCCAGUGGAAAUGGCUGUGGAUGAUUGUAGGAAGAGGCUCAAUAUUAUACUGGACUUGGUCAAGCCAGGAUUGGUUGGGAAAAAGCCAAUGUCUCCCAUGAUAUUUGCAGAAGUUCCCCAGCAGAAUAACCUGAGGGAUUGUGGGGUGCACUGCAUGAUGUGGCUGAGAAGAUGGGAACCUGGUGUGACCCUUACCUACACAGAGGAAGAAGUUGCUGGCUUUCGUCGUGACCUGACAUGGUGGUUGGUCAAUCAUGAACAGAAUGAAAAACGUGACGAGGCAUUGGCCCUUAUUCGACGACCACAACCAACCAAGAGCACAAAGUCCAAGAAAAGGCGUCGGUCUUAGGUGUCUCGAUGUUAGGGUCAUAAUUCACUUGUCCUCUGUUAGAUUGCUGUAUGUAAUGUGCAUUGUAGGCUGACCAAAAAUUUACUGUGUAUUGUUAUGGUUAACAGAGAUUGGUGUCCAUAAAUGUAUGAUAGUUGAGAACCAUGAUGCCAAUUUAUUCCCCAGUGACAUGAAUGAAUCUGGUUUUAACCACACAAAAACAGAUGAUG